UUCAAAGUUUGACAAAAAAUUUGUGAAGAAUUAUGAUAAAUAAACAAAACAUAAGUAUAUGAAUUUAACUUUUAAAUCGUACAAAAUAUUGACAGCAAAUACGACAGAAACUCUUUCAUAACCUCUUAACAGCUACAUCACUAUUUGAUUUUUUUGCGUAAUUUCUUGAUAUAAUCAAAAUGACGUCGGCUGGCUCAUUAAAAUAACAAGUGUAUUGUCAUAAUAUAUAUGAUACUAUUAUGCUGUUAUAACAAAUGCGAAAAACGCAAAAAAAAUGACAAGUGGUCUACUUCGAGCUUAUUGUAUACAAUUCGUUUCGAUCACUGUCUGUGUAUCUGUUUAAAUUAUCUAUUACUUUUAUUCAUUUUUUUUUACCACUUGCACAACUAUAACUUCAAAUAACGUAAAACUUACAAAGUAAAUCAUGGAUAUCAUUGUAAAGUUGAACGAGCAAACCGCAGGAAGGGACAAAUUAAUAAGAUUGCUGCAAUAUGGAAGUCGUGCUUACUGGUACUAUGCACAAAAUACACAUAGGACAAGAUACUCUGCAGAAAUUUUGAGGAGUUUGGAAUUUACUUUCAGUUCUUUUCGAAAAUUACUCCGCAUUGGAAGAUGCUUGGACAGCUUGUAUUCCGCUCUAAAAAUGAUAAAGUACCCUGAUCCAAUAGUGAGGAUAAUUUUGAUAACGGCGAAGACAACAAACGCUUUGUAUUUACUGGCGGAUCAUUUUAUUUGGAUGGGCAGAGUGGGAAUUUUGAGAGUCAAUCUAGAAAAGUGGAGUAAAGUCGCAAAUAAAUACUGGUUAAUAACCAUUAUUAUGAGUUUAAUGAGAGAUAUUUAUGAAAUUAUCAAGAUUUUAGAACGUGAGAAAAAUGUCUUCAAACGGCAUCAAAUAUUAUUCUGUUUGAGAAAUCAUAAGGAGGUAGUGAUGGACACUGUUAAAAACGGAUGUGAUUUAUUUAUCCCAUUAACUGCGCUAGGUAUUGCAAAAUGUACUCCAGGUACAAUAGGUUUGCUUGGGAUGAUUUCUUCAUUGAUUGGUCUAUAUACAAUUAUCAAUCCACUUUAUAAAUUAUCCCCAUCUUAGAAUAGGAUAAUUAUAUAUAAU